AUCAACAUAUCGAUCAAUCGAUUGACCCUGCUGACCCCCAUCCCUAAUUUGCGCGCGAAUAACUUUGAUAACAAUGGAUGCAGAUUUGCUGCCGCUGAGGAAACGCAUAACAAACACCUUCAAACUAUGUGGUUUCAUGAUCCGCUCGGAGAACAGCUCCUACCUGGCGGAGCAGCUGCUGCCUUUCGACGCCGCGGAGCGAGACAAAUGGCUGACGGUGAUCACGGAGAACCUGCAGAGCCAGAAGCUACUGACGCCGCAUGUGGAGCGGGCGGCGCUGGAGAAGGCCAUCAACGAGCUGAACCGGGUGGGCUUGGAUGAGGGGGAGACGGUCUUCGCCCUGAUCGAUGCGUUCACGGUGCCCCGCUUCCGGUACAACCAGCGCGUGAAGAAGUUCGAGCUGGACACCCAGCCCCGCCAGCUCCUGACUGCUCCCCGCAUGAAAUCGGACUACAUGCAGCAACGAUAUGCCAUGCUGCUCCAGAAAACCCUGCGCCACGACCUAUUUGCCCCGGCUGUCAUCCAGGAUGGCGUCGGCGCCGAGGCCCAGGCCAAGAAGUUCAAGCUGCAGUUCGCCGAAAACCUGCUGGCCAGCUCGGCGAUGAAGGAGGCCGUCGUCCUCGGCUUGCUCACCCAGCUGAAGGAGGGCAAAUUCUACGUAGAGGAUCCUACGGGCUGUGUCCAGCUGGAUCUCACUAAUGCCCGCUUUCAUGCCGGUUUCUUCUGCGAAGGCUGCUUUGUCCUGGCCGAGGGCCACUAUAACAACGGGGUCCUCAAGGUUGAUGGCCUGGGUUUUCCGCCCGCGGAGCCGGCGACAAGUAGCCGUGCCUUUUUCGGCACUGCCAACACCUGGGGCGGCGAGUCCGCCAAGCUACUGAAGUACUCACCCCGUCUGCAGGAACUGGAGCGUACCAAUACGGAAACAACCAUAGUAUUCCUAUCCGAUGUCCGGCUAGAUCUGCCCGUCGUCAUGGACAAGCUGCGCCAAUUGUUUGUGGGCUACGAUUCCUGCCCGCCGCAGGCAAUUGUGCUCAUGGGUCCUUUUACGGCCAGCACAAGGAAUCAUCACGAGCUUCGGCAUCAUCUGGAUGCCCUGGGCGCCUUGGCAGCUGGCUGUGAGCAGCUGAAGAAGCAAACGGAUCUGAUACUGGUGCCCUCAUCGGAGGAUCCCACCGCACCGAAUAUUUUGCCUCGUGCUCCCAUACCCGAGUGCCUGGCAGCGGGACUGCUGAAGGCCUGGCCACGCACCCAGUUGGCCACAAAUCCCUGCCGUUUGCAGUACUGCACCCAGCAGAUAGUUGUCUGCCGUCUGGACUUGAUGGCCAAGUUCUGCCGGAACACCUUGCACUUUCCCGAGGACACGUCGCAGAUUGAGCAGCACUUUGCCAGGACCAUUGUGUGCCAGGGUCACCUGGUGCCCAUUCAUCCGAUUGCCAUGCCAGUGCACUGGGACUACGAUCCCGGCUUGUGGCUGUACCCGCUGCCCGAUCUGAUAGUCAUGGGGGACUCGUGCCAGAGUUUUAGCAGCAAUCAACAUGGGUGCACUGUCCUCAAUACCGGCUCCUUUGUCAAGUCCAAGUUCGCCUUCAAAGUAUAUAUACCCGCCACGCGAACCGUUGAGGACUCGGAGAUACCAGACGAUGUGGAGUAGUUAUGAUAUAGUUAGCCCUAACGUAAGUUUAAUAAUUAUUUAAAUUUAAAUUGA